AUGCGAUUCACGCAAUUCUUCCUUGGCCUGGCUGCCGUUGCAGCCGGUAGUUCUAUGCCGGCUGAAGGCGUCGAGGCCAGACACUCCUCGGGCUACUGGUACGAGAAGAUCCAGCACAACGGCAUCAGCCCUUUCAUCACCAAUGGCAAGAACUGGAAAGUCUUCCGCAACGUCAAGACGGACUUUGGCGCCAAGGGAGACGGUGUCACUGAUGACUGGGCUGCCAUCCAAGCUGCCUUUGACUAUGCCAACGGCACGGCCAGUCGCAGCUCGGGUGCUUGGGGUACGACCGGUGCUCCGGCUGUUGUCUACAUCCCAGCUGGCACGUAUCGUCUGAGCAAGCCCCUUCAGUCGUACGUUGACACCGUUGUCAUGGGUGAUCCCACCAACAGGCCGGUGCUUCAAGCCUCUUCCGACUUCACCGAUCCCUUCCUCUACCUGGGCUAUGACCCCGGCUAUGACUCGACCAUCAACUUCUACAUUGGACUGAAGAACGUUGUCUUGGACUCUACCAAGGUGCCCCUUGCUCACAACAUUACUCUUCUCAACUGGGCCGUGAGCCAAGCUGUGCAGCUUACCAAUGUCUUGUUCAACAUGCCCAAUGGAGGUGUAGCACACACCGGAUUGUCGAUGCCUCAGGGCGGCUCGCCUCUGAUGAUCAACGACGUUGUAUUCCAGGGUGGAUCUGUCGGCAUUCGCAUGAAUGAGCAGCAGUACCACUUCAAGGGAAUCACCUUUAAGAACCAGGAUAUUGGCUUGAAGCUUGACAAGCUCUUUGAGGGAACUGGCCAGAAUCUGCACUUUGAGUCAUGCAAGGUUGGUGUUGAGACGACAAACAACAACACCGGAUUCUUUGCUCUCAUUGACUCGACGGCCAGUAAUGUCGGCAUUCUGUGGAACGCCGCAGCUUCCCCGACUGCCCAAGGAUCAAUGGUACUGGAGAACGUCCAAGUGGACAGAACUGUCGGCUCUACCGUUACCGCUGGAGGAGUCAAUGUCCUCAAGGGCUCUGUCAAGGCUGGCCAGUCUUGGAUCUGGGGCAACGUCUACGGACCCUCAAGCGGCCAGCGUGCCCAGGGCAAAUUCUUCCCUGCAUCUCGCCCUCUGGCACUUUUGGAUAUCACUGGGUCCUACCACACCGUUGCUCCUCCGACAUUCAAAGAGUAUUCCGUGGACCAGGUGAUUAACGUCAAGAGCGUUCACGGGCUCCCGGUCGCCGGUGAUGGUGUUACAGACGAUACCAAGAACCUUCAGAAGAUCAUCAACCAGGCUGCUGGCAAGAAGGUUAUUUACUUCCCUCAUGGAACCUACCUCGUCAGUGACACCAUUGUGGUCCCUCCUGGAAGCCGAUUCCACGGAGAGGUUUGGUCUGAGAUUAGUGCCACGGGUAACAAGUUCAAGAAUGCCAACAAGCCUGUUCCCAUGGUCCAGGUCGGAAAGCCUGGCCAGCUCGGCGUUGCCCAGUUCGUCGACAUGCUCUUCACCGUUGCAGACAUUCUUCCCGGCUGCGAGCUCGUCGAGGUCAACAUGGCCGGCUUGAAGGCUGGAGACGUCGGCUUCUUCAACACUCACUUUCGCAUUGGAGGAGCUCGAGGAUCCAAGGUUCAGACCAACUGCGACGAUCCCGCUACCUGCAAGGCGGCGCGAGUCUGCGCUCAUCUUACGACUUUUUCGUCUUCGUACUGGGAGAACAGCUGGUGCUGGAAUGCCGAUCACGAUCUCGACGAUGGCAACCAUGCGAACCCCUCGACGGCUGGUGGUUUCCUUGUCGAAUCCAUCAGGGGGACCUGGAUGCUGGGCAUCGGCAGUGAGCACAACUCGCUGUACCAGAUCAACGUCUACAAGGCACAGAACGUCUUCCUGGGCUUCCAGCAGAGCGAGACGCCGUACUGGCAAGGAAACAACUCUGGUCUUUUGACGCCUCUGCCGUGGACCGGCUCGCUGUUGGACAGCGAUCCAGACUUUAGCUGGUGCGCUCCUGACGAUGCCCAGUGCCGUAUGGCUAUCUUCCAGUACAUCCACGACUCAAGCAACGUCAAUGUUUACGGAGGCGGUUACUGGGUCUUCUUCAACGGCAUUAACCGGAAUGGCUGCUCUGCCGAAUGCCAGCAGAAUGCCGUCAUCUAUGCUGACAAUCAUAAGCUCUAUAGCUAUGGCGUCAGCACACACAACGUGCGAACCAUGGUGCUCGAGUCUCAAAGGGGCAAGGACGUGGCCGAGGUCGUUGAUACGGCGAACGCGGGUGGCUGGCAGAGCCAUGGUGGUGUCAUGGCUGCUUAUCUGGGACAGAGCGGCUAUUAA